CAAACAGAAGAGGAAGCACUGUAUACCAUUGCCAACUUYAAGUCAAUCGURAUAACGAAAAACAGCAUUGUCUGCAGGUAGAAAGAAUAUAAUUUCUUGCACAAGAUGGUCGGUGUUUCASAGCGUCGAAGGUCAAUACCAGGCCUGUCGAUCUGUGUGGGAUUAAUAAUUGUGUCGUGUUUCAGUGAUAUCAGGGCGUUCGUUCCCUCUGUUCACCAAGGAAACCAGAACCACCAUCUCCUGCACCAACGGCAAGCAGGACCAGCAGCAUCCGGGGGACAACAGCGAUUUACCGUCUCAAAUUCUCGGCCGCUGGCGGCUACCAACGGCGAAAGCGGACGAGAAGACGACAACGCGUUUCGAACAGCGAAUAGAAGCGAUGGCCAGAUGAACCAAACCACAGGGGGGCUGGCGUCAGGAUCCCCGGGCCAAGCCAUUCAGCGCCUUGGUGGUAACCCCGGGCCAACGGUAUGGACCGAAUUCGGUCGCAUUGCCCAGGAACACGACCCCGUCAACCUCGGACAGGGAUUCCCCGACUGGCUGCCCCCGAAGUUUGCCGUCGAUUCCCUGGUGGAAGCGGUUCUGGACUCGGCACAGUCUCCACACCAGUACACGCGGCCUGCGGGCCACCCCAACCUGGUCAACCAGCUGGCGCGGCGGUAUUCGAUCCACAUGCAAAAGGAGAUCGAUCCGAUGGACGAGGUCGCCGUAACCGUUGGAGCGAGCCAGGCUUUGUACUUGAGCCUCCAGACCCUUGUCCAGCCAGGAGACGAGGUGGUGCUGUUCGAGCCAUUCUUUGAUCUGUACGUCAAUCAAGUCAAGCUGGCUGGCGGCACACCCGUCUUCGUUCCGCUCCGGUUCGAGGCCUACAACGACGACGACGACGACGACGCCAGUGGAGGGGAGUGGAAACUGGAUCGAGACGAGCUCAUGAAAGUGGUGUCCCCGCGCACCAAGGCCAUCAUCUUGAAUUCUCCGCACAAUCCUACCGGAAAGAUAUUUUCCAAGAGCGAAAUGGAAGUCAUCGCGGAGUCGCUCGACCUGGCGGGACCGGAUUGCGUGGUCCUAUCCGACGAGGUGUACAAGUACAUUGUCCACGCACCUCCGAAGGAAUCCGACUCAAGCACCGACUCCCCCCUCUGUCCGGGGCACACGCAUUUCGCAUCGCUUCCGGGCAUGUGGGACAGAACAAUCACUAUAUCAUCGGCCGGCAAAACCUUUUCCGCCACGGGGUGGCAAGUUGGAUGGUACGUGAAGCUCAUUACGCUGCUGCUGCCAUCGUUUGCUGAAUUUUUUCGGAUCCGUUGCGGGCAGAAUUAGAGUAUCAGGUUGUGGUCGACUUAUUGUACUACCUUUUGCUACUUGUGUGUAUCUUGGUUCCUGCUCAUAUUUCCUGUCGCGUUCUUAUCUAUCUAGGUGCAUCGGUCCAAAGCGGCUGCUGAGUCCCAUUCACCGAUUGUUGCCGUAUGUACAAUUUUGCGCUUCGACUGUYAUCCAAGAGGCCCUUGCAAGGUCUUUGGACCGCGCCGAGCUCCCCUACGAGGGGCACGCCUCGUAUUAUGACUACUUGAAGCACAAAUACACGAGGAAGCGAGACCUCCUGGCCGAGGCACUGACGAGCGCCGGCUUUGCGGUUCCCGAUUACGAGCGAACCCCCGGCGGUGGUUUUUUCAUUCURGCACGGGCCGGACCCGAAAUCCAAAAGGUCCUCCCGGAACGGUACGUCCUGGCCGAGAACGAAGCGGCCCCAGGCGGCAUCGCGAGACAAGACUGGGCGCUCUGCCAGUGGAUGGCAGAAGAAAUAGGUCUGUUGUGCAUACCUUCGAGUCCGUUUUUCUCGCUGGAUCGAGUGAAAGAAGGGGUUUCGGAUAGCUUCAUCCGUGUUGCUUUCUGUAAGACGGACGAAACRAUCGAAGCUGCUGCCCARGCCUUGAAACAACUCAAGGUCCCCGAGGCAGUUGUCGCAGAAUAGGUUGGUUUCAACACAAGAAAAUGACAAAUACAGCUCUCUCGUUUUGUUGUUUUCGAUGACACAAAAAUAAACUAUAGAAUAAGAA